ACGUGCUGUCGCAAACCGAGAGCGGGUGUCGUAAAGAGUCAAGGGGCUGUUGUUGAAACAGAACCCAUUGUGAUGUGGAAGAGGAGUGAGCGUCUGACUGAGAGGAGAAAAAAGAGGCACCUCUGUGGCCACAAGGGGACUCCUAAUAGACCGACAGGCAUGGACCUUCAUUCGCGACGCGAGCGUGGUUGGGCUUUGUUCGGUGGAGAUCCGCGUCGUCCACUCGGAAAGAUCCGGAAUACGAAGAGUUAAGAGUGACAUCCCAACUGUUUAUUUCGGCAGCUAACAGGCUAGCUGGCUAGAUAUCUAAGGGCUAGAAAUGGGAAGCCCGUUAGUGUCCGCCUGACAGAGAAAUCUCCGUCGAGCUUUGAACAAACGCCUUUCCGCUCAGAUAAUGUCGGCAGUGAUUUAAAGUAGCAUUCGUUCGCCUCACAAGUAGUCGCAACUUUGAAGAAUGAGACCAAGUGAGCGCUAACCAUUUACUACGGACGGACCGGAGCCGAAGGGGGAAAAGUGUCAAAGGACUGCCGGCUGGAGUUAGCAUCAAAACGUCGCAAGGAAAGAUCAUGAUGCAGUGGCCGCUGCCAAACUCUGGCGUGGGGCAGCUGUGCCAACCGUGUCGCUGCAGGAAGCUUUAGAAGUUCCGCCUUUGCACCAUGAAGGAGAGGCAUUGAGGUUAACUCCCUGAAGAUCAUCUCAAUACCUCUCCUCUCCCUCGUCCCUCUGCAACCCCGUCCUCCCGUCCGCAUCAUGCUGCGCUUCCUGCCUCUCAAACUUGGUCGGCUGUACCGCUGUCUGAAGCUCCUUUUCUUGGUGGGAUUGUUUGUCAUCUUGCUGAUGAACACUCACAACCUGUUCGCUUCCUUCCAGAAGAAUGAGCUCACCGACAGGCGAUUCAUCAACCUCAACAAAUGCCCCGCCUGCUUUGGUACCAGCUGGUGCCGUAAGUUCAUGAACGGCCAGGUUUCCUUUGAGACUUGGGGUCGCCUGCGAUUCCUAGAUGUAUUCAAUGUCAAGAAUGUUUACUUUGCACAGUACGGAGAGCCCAGAGAGGGGACUCGACGUGUGGUGCUCAAGCGGCUCGGCUCCAACCAGGAACUGGCCGAGAUCGAUCAGAAAAUCUGCAAAAGGGCCACAGGCAGGCCGCGAUGUGACCUUGUUCAAGCGAUGUACAAGACUGAAUUUGCUCGAAUCAACGGGGACGUUCGUCUGCUCACUCCAGACGUUGUGGAGGGGUGGUCAGACCUGGUGCACUGUCCCUCUCAGAGACUGCUGGACCGAGUGGUUCGCAGGUAUGCUGAGACUAAGGACUCUGGCAGCUUCCUGCUGAAGAACCUGAAGGACACGGAGAGAAUGCAGCUGCUCAUGACUUUGGCGUUCAACCCAGAGCCUCUCGUCCUGCAGAGCUUUCCGUCAGAUGAAGGUUGGCCGUUCGCCAAGUACCUGGGCGCCUGUGGGCGCAUGGUCGCUGUUAACUACGUGGGCGAGGAGCUGUGGAACUUCUACAACGCACCGUGGGAGAAGAGGGUCGACCUGGCGCGGCAGCUGAUGGACAUUGCCGAGCAGUUGACCAACAACGACUUUGAUUUUGCGCUCUACCUGCUGGACGUCAGCUUUGAUAACUUUGCGGUGGGCCCACGUGACGGCAAAGUCAUCGUCGUUGAUGCAGAGAACGUCCUGGUGGCAGACAAAAGGCUCAUCAAGCAGAACAAGCCGGAGAGCUACGACGUGUGGUACGAGAGCCGCUUCGAGGAGUGUGACAGGGAGGCGUGUCUGUCCUUCUCCAAGGACUCGCUUUGUUCCAGGGUUACCGUAGACCACAACUACUACGCGGUGUGCCAGAACCUUCUGUCCCGGUACGCCACGUGGCGGGGCACCACAGGGGGCCUCCUCCACGACCCACCCGCCCACAUAGCCAAAGACGGACAACUAGAGGCUCUGUUGGACGAGUGCACGAGACCUAAAAAGCGCUACGGCCGCUUUCAGGCGGCUAAGGAACUGCGCGAAUACCUCACAAAGCUAGCUGCCGCCUCUUCCUCAGCCACAUCCAGGUAAUGAAAGGAGUCUGCGUUGGGAGUGACGCACUGAGACUGGAUUUUUGUACUCUUCUCCCCGGACUCCUGAGAUCCCGGCUCUUGUACAUGAUGUCAUUCGUUCUCCUUUGUGCACUGGAGCAGGAAAGCGUCGCAUCAGGACGAGGAAAAAUGAAACUAUAAAUCAGAUUUGUUAAUCCCCAGCUUUUACCUCUACUUUGAUACUUGUGUGAGAGGAGCGUUGUGCUUGAAAGUUCUUGUAGACCCAGGAUAGAGAAGGGAUAGAGGUAGCCUUUAUCUUUUACGUGGGUAAGAAAAGGCUGGGAAAAGUGAAUCUCUGCGCUGACUCAGGCUAACGCAGAGCAGCAGCAACAUCCCGAGCCCUGAUGACGUCCAUCCUGCCACUCUCACCUCAGUCUGAAGGGUUUUGUUUUGUUUUUUUUCUGUCCUGUAGCGAGGCUGAGUGUAAGUCUGUAGGUACAUGUUUGUUUGUUAUGUUUGCCAUGGCUUUUCUUCUGUAGCAUAGCUGCCUGAUGAAGGGAGCACCGGUCUCCUGUCAGGCUGCAGGUGAAGUCCUUUACAGCAGGUGUCAUGGGCGAUCCCAUUUUCUCAUAGAAGAAUGAAAAAAAAAUCCUUGGCUGCUAAAUAAACAUUUUGUCCUGUAAAUCACUAAUUUUCAAGUAUGCUGGAUUGUGGCAAUCAUGUUUUUUCCUUUUAUUUUGUAGGAAUCAGAAAGGUUGAGACAUAGGAAACUCUCAUAGGAAAUGGCAGAUUAAACGUUGCUGGUCUCUUAAUGCAGAUGUGCCUGAACCAAAGAGGCUAUUUGGAAUCAGAACUCUAAGGUGUACACAGAUUGCACUUUUCCCUCCAUUCAUUUCACUUUUAGUUUUGGAAAGGAAACAGUUUUUGUGACCUUACAAGCCUAAAUACAGACGUUUUAUCCCCAAAGAAACUUGAGUUCAGAAGAAUUUAAAGGAAAAAAAGGUUUGCUUUUCAAAAAACGCUCCUACAGAACUGAUACAUGAUUGGUCAAAAACAUCCUGCAUGAGGGAGAGUAAAUUCCUUAAGUAAGAGAAAGUCAUUUUAAGAUGGUGAGAAAAGAUCUUAAAACCACACAGCAGAGUGUCCCCUAGUGGCAGAUUCUCUUUAAAUGUCUGUAAUUGAUAAAUGAACCCUAUUGUAAGUCCUCUCCCACUUGUGCUGAAUGUAGUAAGUGCUGUCAGACCAAUAAUAUGAAAGGGAAUAAAGAAAUCUGGAAUUACUUUCUUCCUCCAAAACUGUCCCCUGAACUACACUUUCAAUCUUAGUGGGAUGGUUAUUUCCGCAGAAGAUGUAUAGUUUCUGCACGCUGGGAGGACUUUGAACUCAGUGGACCAAGAAAAGUAAAGUAGAAUCACUGUAAGGCUCAUUUGGGCUUCAGAUGAGAAGACGCUCCCGAGCUAACCCUAGAAGGAAGUCCAGCCUCUGCCUUCAAAGUGUCUCACAGGUUUUUUCUUUUAAUGUUGGAAAUCAGAUGCUGAACGCCCAGUGGAUUCUUGUGUAGCACAGACAAAAGAAGGACAGGCCGAUUCAAAAAUGAAUGCAAGCCACUAUCUGUGGGGACGACUGCAAAGUAAACCCUGUGUUGUUGUUUUGUUUUUUUUCUUCUUUCUUGUUUCUGUUCUCUCCUCUGUUUGCGGAACCUGCAGGGCUAAUGUGAACCUUGCCAGCCAGGAAAAGCAAUAAAGACGAGUUCGGGUAAUGGCUUUGUGAUUUUGAACCUCCAUCGUUUGUUGAUCCCCAGAACGGAGGUUGAAGGGAUUUGUUCAUGUGUAACUCGCUGUCCACUUUUGUACUGUAAUUUUCCUUUCAAGUAUUACAUCAGCGUUGUCUGAUUUUUUCCUGUGCCUUUAAAUAUUAAAAUAAAUGAAGAUAUAUAUAUAUAUAUAUAUUAUGAAUAUA